AUGCCGAUUUCAAGUACGCUCAACCAGCGGGUAAGAGCUCGACUAGAAAAUGAUGGUUUUGAGCAUUUCUCGGACGAAUCAGUUUCAAAUGAGGCGUUAGACGAAGGGGAAUCUAAUGAAGACACAGAGCAAGAUAACAGUGACCAGCGUGAGACCGAUGAUGAUGAUACGGAGGAUGAUGGACAUACAGAGAUCUCUGACAUAAACCCCUCGCUAAACACAAUCUCCUUCGGCGCACUCGCCAAAGCUCAAGCAGCCCUAGGAAAGCGAAAACGACGUACCACCUCAACAACGGACAUCACACCGAAAAGGACAAAAGUUCUCAGCAGACAGUCUCCUACUCCCUCUACCUCCUCCAACAAAGAACAUGAUCAGUGCCAAGGACUAUCCGAAUUCCAAAAACACCUGGCCUCCAAUGCCAAAAAACCUCCUCAAAAACUCACCCACCGAACCUCUAAACACGCCCCCACAAUCCAAUCAUCCCGCCACGCCGUUUCUCGCAAACGCACCAUCCUCGAACCGCUCGCCGUCCCCAAACCCCGCGACCCGCGCUUCGACUCCGUCGUCCUAAGCCACAGCACCAACGGCGACCCAUCCACAGCGGCUAACGCUGACAUCCACGCGCGCAAUAACUACGCCUUCCUCAACCACUAUCGCACAGAUGAAAUCGCGGAGCUACGCAAGCAGGUCUCGGCAUUACAAACCAAGAAAAAGAAGACAGAGCGUGACGAUCAUGAGAUCGUGCGUCUCAAGCGAGAGAUUACGUCCAUGAGUGAUCGGCAGCGAGCGUUUGAGCGCAAGGAGAUGGAGAGGGAGGUGUUGGUGCAGCAUCGGCGAAGAGAAAAGGAGUUGAUUCGCGAGGGGAAGAAGAGUCAGCCAUACUUUUUGAAGAAGGGGGAAGUGAAGAGGGAGGUCAUUGCGAAGCGGUUCACGGAGAUGAGUGGAAAGGAGAAACAGAGGGCGUUGGAGAGGAGGCGGAAGAAGGUUGCCGGGAAGGAAAGGAAGGAAAUGCCGUGGGGGCGGAGGGGGGUGGAAUAG